AUGCCCCAGCUAUCUCCUGACACCCUGGAGAUAUGGGUCCAAGAUGGCAGCAAAAUCCGAAACCUGCUGGGACUGGCACUGGGUCGAUUGGAGGGGGGCAGUGCAUGGCAUGUAGUGUUCUCAGGUUCUGGCUGGGCUAUAGGGAAGGCUGUCAGCUGUACUGAGAUUGUCAAACAGAGGGUUCCAGGCCUGUGCCAGUUCACCAAACUGUGUUUCCUGCAUUCUGAGGACAGCUGGAUCCCAACUUCACCUGACAUGGGCCUAGACCCCCUUACAGUAUAUCCCAAUGUGCCUGCAGUAAGGGUACUGCUCAGCUGGGACACCCUGGACCUUAGUGAGUGUGGCUAUCAUCCCCCAGGAGCACCCCCUGGCCUGGCUCCAUGA